CAGAGCUCCGGGUGCCCGCGCGGGGGGCCAUGCCGUGCCGGAGGGAGGAGGAAGAGGAAGCCGGCGAGGAAGAGGAGGAGGAGGAGGAGGAGGAGGAGGACAGCUUCCUCUUGCUGGAACAGUCGGUGACUCUGGGCGGCUCGGGCGAGGUGGACCGGCUGGUGGCCCAGAUCGGCGAGACGCUGCAGCUGGACGCGGCGCAGGACCGCCCUGCCUCCCCGUGCGCGCCCCCGGGGCCGCCACUGCAGCCCCCGCGACCCCCGGCGGUGGUGCGCGCGGACAAGGCCCGAGCCCCGGCUCUGCCGUUGCUUCUGCCGCCCGCCUCGGCCGAGACUGGGGGUCCGGCUCCCCCGGGGGCCCUGCGCUGCGCCCUCGGGGACCGCGGCCGGGUGCGGGGCCGGGCUGCGCCCUACUCUGUGGCCGAGCUUGCCGCAAGCCCUAGCGCGCUGCCCGGGCCGUGCCGGCGAGGAUGGCUGCGGGGCGCUGUCGCCUCCCGCCGCCUACAACAGCGACGAUGGCCCCCAGCCGGGGCGCGCGCCAACGACGACGACCCGCACAGGCUCCUGCAGCAGCUGGUGCUCUCUGGGAACCUCAUCAAGGAGGCCGUGCGGAGGCUCCAGCGAGCCGUCGCCGCGGUGGCAGCCACGGGCCCCGCGGCACCCCCCGGACCUGGGGGCAGCCGUAGCCGACAGGACCCUGUCGCCCUUCAGCCCUCCAGCGCCUUGCACUGACCCAGGGCCCCUUGAGGAGGAAGAAGACGCUGCGGGGACCCAACGGCGUCCUGUGCCUUCCCCAACCUUGAGCUGAAGCCGCCGUUGCCGUCCUGGGAGCGACCGCCUAGGCUGCAAGGAGGCGCGUGGGGAGAGACCUCAAGCCGAUAAGUUACCCGACCCCGCGAGGCUGUCGGCAAAAACUUGAGCGUGGAGAAAUGCACGGGCCAGGGCGCGUCCGUGUCGCGUGAGAAUUUCCCCGGCCACCUCGGAGACAGGAACCUGGGAUAAAACUGGGAGAACUAUGGCAGCUAUUUGCAUCAAACUUGUACCUGACUUAACCCUUGGGGGUGUCGUGUGCUUGGAUUGUUUAAAGAUACGGCUCCAAGGGGCGAGAAUCGCGAGGGCUUUGUAACAAUACUUGAAAACUGAUGACACGAAUACAUUUUAUUUUCCGGUGGAGGAACUUAGUGAAAAUGGUGCUACAAUUGCUGUGCAAAGAAAUUCCGGAGGGAAGAAGAAUGUAAAAGCUUGGUGGUGGGUGGGUUGGCAUCGCCCGUCCCCUUUCUCCCACCUCAUUGGUGACUGGUCGAGGUGGGAGAUGUGAACUCCAGUUGUCGGAGGUAGGGAGGUGGAGAAUUUUGAAGGUGGGUCGAGGUGGAUGUGGACUUUUAAAUGACUUGACCUUGCCACCUGUGUUUCAAGGUCACGGUGUGCUUGGACGGAAGGUUGUGGGCUUCUGGGAGAGCUAACUGACCUCUGUGUCUUUUCUUUCUCUUGCUCCAAGAAGAGCCCUGUCUGUGCUUCGCCACCUCCUAGAGUCUCCAGAGGACACACAGGUGGAGAGGGCUGUGCGAGGAGAGUUAUUUGUUUUUCUCUGUGCUCUCCUUCUGUCCAGAACUCCUCCUCCUCCCGUGAGGCCACUCUUGGCCGUGCCAUGAGCUUUCUCAGAAACAGGCAUAAACAGUGUCUUAUGUCUCUCUCCUGUCCUCCCGGCUGGCCUUUCUUAUUCCACCCUUUCUGAUGUCUUCACUGCAUGGAUGAGACCCCGGCUGUUUUUCUGCUCUGUUCUGGCCCUCUGUGGAGCCAUAGGCCUGAGCUUUCGUGGGUCUUCACCCCUCAGUUUCCUUCUGCCACCAGCUCUUUGUGAGUGACCGAAACCGUUGUUUAAAUGGGACUCUCCAAGAGGAGAAACCGCAGGCUUUACCCGAAUGAAACUUGACGGCGCUUUAAGUAAGGUGCCACCCCCAAACUUUAAAGGAGCUAAACUAAUUUUUUAAAAAGAUUCAAUGGCUUGUUCAUCCUCCAGAUGUAGCUAUUGACGUACACUUCGCACCGGAGUGUCUGAAAUUGUGGUGGUCCUGAUUUAUAGGAUUUCUUAAUUAAAGUGUCUGCUGAAUAAAUUUGGUUUUUGUUUUGGA